UUCCACCCUCACCAACCCCAAUUACAAUCAUCAACCAAAAACCAACCAACCAACAAAAACCCAUUGCUACUUAUUCCUCACCAACUACUCUCCAAGUCCUUCAUUCAAAAUUCCAAAGCCUCCCACCCAUUUGAUUAACAGGCACACGCCCCCAACAACAACAAGAAGAUAAACAAUAAUGGGUAAGGUUUUUACUUUGGCUGAUGUUUCUUCCCACAACCACCGCAAAGAUUGCUGGCUCGUCAUUCAUGGCAAGGUUUAUGAUGUGACCAAGUUCUUAGAGGACCACCCUGGUGGGGAUGAAGUCCUGUUGUCUUCCACAGGGAAAGAUGCGUCUAAUGAUUUCGACGAUAUUGGUCACAGCACCAGCGCCGUGGCGAUGAUGGAUGAGUUCUACAUCGGAGAAAUCGAUUCAUCAACCAUUCCAUCCAAGGUUAAGUACACUCCCCCAAAACAACCUCACUACAACCAGGACAAGACGCCACAGUUUGUCAUCAAGCUUCUCCAGUUCCUAAUUCCUCUGCUCAUCUUGGGUUUGGCCGUCGGAAUUCGCUUCUACACCAAAUCAUCAUGAUCAUUUUAACUGCAAUAAUAUGUUAGUGUUGAGAGAUUGAUUAUAUGAGGGACUGCAAGGAUAUGUCGUUUCUAUCUUAUAUACCAAGUUAUGUUGCACUUGUCUUGUUUUUGUCUAAGUAAUUUGGUGCUAGAAAAUAUUGUCUUUCUCUGUCAUUGACAUUUCUGCAGGAAGAGUUUUAUGGAGUUUAAAACUUUGAAA